GCAUUUUAGAAGGCAAUGAAAAUUAAUGAACUUCAGCUACAUAUGGAUGUGGAUACAAUUGCAGUAUAUUCAAAGAACACUUUAAGAAGAACACAUCCCAUGAAAGAAAAAGCUGGUCAGAAGCACAAGCCUGCUGAUGUGUUUGAGUUUCCUGAUAAUUCCGAAAUCUCAAGCAAUGGCAGUGAAAGUAAGAAAGACGAUGAGCCUUAUGAGACUUUUGAUCCUCCCCUACACAGCACUGCUAUAUAUGCUGAUGAAGAAGAACUCUCCCAACACUGUGGGUCAUCUGUCCCUUCAACUCCUCCAGGAAAAGCAACGAAAGAAAGCUUGAGCACUUCUGCAAAUGAAGCAAGUGAAAGCACGUCUGUAAAACUGAGAGCCACAAAGCCUGGAAGAAGAUGUAAGCCCCUUAGCGAUGGCUCUGACAGCUCGGGAGAAAGUGAGAUACGAAGAAAAGUUCAGUCACCAGAGAGAAUCGGUGCGCGACGGUGUGACACUGUUCCGGCCGGGGCGCCGUCGGGGCUUCCCGAGAGACGGCCGCGGUCAGAGAGGCCCGAGGCGGGAGGCGGCCGUGGCAGCGGUGCACCUGCGGACAGAGGGACCCCGGCCGUGGUGAGACCGCCCCGUGGGAUAGAAAAGGAAACUCAGAAAAAGGAGACUAUGUCUCGUGGCAAAAGGAAAAAAACAAGCAAUGAAGCUGGAGAUUCAGGUAUUUCUGACAGCGUGCAUAUUUGGUGUCUAGAAGGAAAAAAGAAGAGUGACCUCAUGGAGUUGGAUAUUGUUUUGUCUGCAUGUGAGAAAGCAAUCCGGGAGCAUAAAGAAAGAAUAGAAUCUAAAAUUUGUAAAGAAGCCAUCAAUAAAUUUCAUUGUAAUAUUAAAGAAGAACUCAUCAAAAUGCUUAAAGAAGCCCAGAUGUUGAAAAACCUGAAAAGGAAGAACGCUAAGGUGAUUGCAGAUAUCAAGAAGAAAAGGCAGCGUUUGGUUGAAGUCCAGGAUGAACUGCUUCGGUUAGAGCCCCAGCUGAUACAGCUACAAACAAAAUACGACGAACUUAAGGAGAGAAAGUCAUCCCUGAGGACGGCAGCAGAUUUCCUAUCUAAUUUAAAACAGCUCUAUCACGAGUACUCAGAUGUUCAAGAGAAAGAACCAGACACAAAGGAAACGUAUGAUUCAUCCAGCCUUCCAGCUCUGUUAUUUAAAGCAAGAACCUUUUUGGGAGCUGAAAAUCAUUUGCAAAAUAUCAACCACCAAUUAGAGAAUCUCCUUGACCAGCACUGAGGAGACAGCCGUACUGAAAUGUGCCAACUUACUCCCCUGCGGCCUCUGAAAACAAGUAGGGUCCAGUCCCCAGGAUUUAGUACUGAUUAAUAGUUUUAGAGGCCAUGAUCCUUUUAGGAUAAUGUCUUGAGUAAUUUAAAAAUGUUGAAACCCUAUCUGAAUCAGCCCCAAACAUGUAUGUUUUAACCUGUAAAAUUAAGACAAUGUGAACAUAGACUAAAUACUACAGUUAAUUUCCAAUAAAAUUGAUUUACUUACAUUAUUUUCCAAGUAACAUUUGACAGACUGAAUAUAAUUUUUUGUUACAAAUCUCGCAGAUUACAGCUGCUUAUGUAAUGUCCACAGUUGGCUACUCUUGUAAUACUUCCAUAAUGAGGUCAUCAGGAAUCUCAUCCACUCCACUACUGUGACGCAGAAGACUGCUCUCUGCAGCCUCUGCUAAUUCAGCAUCUUCAGUGGCUUCUAAAAAGCAAGCAUCAUCCAUGCCAUUGUCCCAGCCAGGGUCAGAGGAUGCACCUGGGGAUGGUUUAUGAGGGCUCGUGGUUUCAUGGUUCCUAGUUUCAUCUGUUGUAAAUUCUUCUUCCUUUAAAAAAAAAAUCUAGUUGUAAUUCUACAUAGACUGAAUAUAUAAUGAAAUCACCACAUAUUAAGAUCUUAAGACCAGUUCGAUAGGAGUGAGAAUAUUAACUGUUUCUGGAGUUGGCUCAGAUACUCCUUAGACUCCCCAUUUGAAACUGCCUGCAGUUCUGUGGCACAGAUGUUUCAGCAUCCCCAGCAGGUGCUACAGCAAGGACAGACUUAACUGUUCAAGUGGCCUGUGUACCUGUUAAAGACAAACUGCCAAGGACUAAUCACUAAGGCUUACAUGAGAUAAUAGUGAUGUUAAAUUUCCUUAACUUCAUGUACCAUAGCCAAGUAACAAUGUCCUUAUUCCUCAGCUACAUGCUUAAAUUAGGUGUGGAGCCUCCGCCUGGGGCACCAGCAUCCUGUAGGGGCACUGGUUCAAGUCCCAGCUGGGCCCUGCACCACGUGGGAGACCCAGAAGCAGCUGUUGCAGCCAUUUGGGGAGUGGAUGGAAGAAUAAACCUUAAAAAGGAAAGGCCCCACAGAGUAUUAUGUAUACUUACUGGUUUUAAAAAUAUGAGCCCAGAUAAAAAUGUUGUAAUAUUAUGAGGAAGAUUUUAAAUUAUUUGGGCAAAUAAAGAUCUUUGAAAGAAA